AUGGAACCCCCUCUGAACAACACGAAAUUCAAUCUGGAUGUCAGUGGCAUCGUGGGCUUCUUAGGAGGAGGAGAAGCAAUUUCAGCCAUGGAAAGCAUGCAUUUCUACAAGUAUCGGAAAUGGCUCAGCUGGUAUAAUUCACCCGGUUCAUAUGAUAUCGCCAAACACUACGGCCGACUGGCAAGAUCUCGGAUAUGGGAUGGCAUUUACCCCGGACCAAAUGAAGAACCAGCCGAACUUUUAGGGCUAGAUGGGGAGCAAGGACCACCAUAUCGAGGUGUUGUUUCUGGCACCACUUUAAAUGACACCGGACACGUUGGAUACGUUUUUGCUCAAUAUUGCCGCAACGCGAAAGCAACCCCAUCCCAGUACUCCUCGGAUCCCAUCUUCACCACACAGACAACGGACGAUCAAGGUCCAAAACCCCAACAAAGGAAACGCAAGACAAAAGUGAUGAACGUUGUUGUUGUUGACUUCGACAAUGUCGAAGACAAUGACGACAGCGUAGAGAAGGGGUCUCACCUUACAUUGGACAGCAAGGAAUUUCCUUUCUGGUCGGUCGCUGUGGCUUCGAUACCAAUCUCACUCAACAUCGCCUACUGCAUUCUUUGUGGCUUCUAUACCGAAUGGUACGCUUUUGGCGUUAUCCUAUACGGCAUACUUUGCAACGGAAUAGCGUGCUACUUCAUCGGGUCAACCGAGAUAUACCUCACACAUACCAUCCCUUCGCCACAUUCACCCCCGGGGAACGGAAUCUUGGCAUGCAAGUCCGAUACCCUCAUUGUCUGCAGAGGCUCGGAGAGAGCGAUCAAUCACGUUGUCAAAGCCAAGUUUGUCGUCCGGUAUGGCAAGGAAGGUGAUGAUCAGACGUACCACAUGAUUGGUUUCAGCGCAAUGUCAUUGACGAUUCAAUUUAUCGCCCAACUCUUUCUCAUCCCUCUCAGCGGCCUGUUUGGGCAAAUAAUGUUCCUUUCGACGCUCGCCAUUUCUUGGAUCUACAACGCAUACCUCUCAUCCAUCGAUAAGGGACGGCUUCAACAACAACUUUUAGAGCGACAUCUUUUUGGAGACGAUUCAAACAAUAUGACCAAGUUGGAACUACCCACUAGGACGUCUGCGGUAGUCUUUGCGAUGCUUUGUGGAUUGCCUGAUCUUCGAGGCGAUCCUGACGCAAACGUCGAGUGCGCGAAGGGCAUAAUGUGCCACCUGCUCCCUACAGACACCAAGGUAUGGGGUCGGUGGCAUUAUUCAGUCUGUUCCAAAGUUCGCGACCUAUCGGAGAGGCAUUCAUCAGGGUCUGUCCGCCCUACCUCGGAACCAUUUAGAUUCACGGAGGAUGCUUGCCAGGGAUUUGAUGGAAAGGACAAAAGUUUGCUAUGUGACUUACUCGAGGACGCAAGGGGGGGCUACGAGUCCUAUUGUCAGUUUCUCGAUUCGGCCCGGCACACCCCAAACUCGAACUCACAAUCUGGCUCCGGGUCUUCUCUCUUGCAUACGUAUGUGUAG